AUGAAUCCUUUGACGAAUAUUCGAAAUCAAAACAAAAUUAAUGAACGUGAAUUACUGCUUGGCUAUGUUGGAAGUAACAAUAAAACUUGGCAUCAGAAAUAUUCAGAUUCGGCCUGGAUUUAUAUUGGUGGCUUACCAUAUGAUCUAAAUGAAGGUGAUGUGAUCGCGGUUUUCUCACAAUAUGGCGAAGUUAUAAAUAUCAAUCUAAUUAGAGAUCACAAAACUGGAAAGUCAAGAGGUUUCGCAUUUCUGUGUUACGAAGAUCAACGAUCAACAGUUUUAGCCGUUGAUAAUUUUAAUGGUAUUAAGUUGUUGAAACGAAUUAUAAGAGUAGACCAUGUAGAAGAAUACAAAGUUCCGAAGUAUCGUGAAGAGAUUGAUGAAGAAACGCGCCGAGUUUGGGAAGAAGGUUGUGCACCAAAGCCAAUCACCAUAGAUCAUGAUGAGUCUAAAGAAGAUAUAGACCCCAUUGAAAACUUGAAAAAGAAGGGGGCAAUCAAUAAGGAUGGUAUUUUGAAAGCAGACAAGGAUUUGAAGAAAACGUUGAAAAAGGAGCGAAAAAGAUUGUUGAAAGAGGCAAAGAAAGCAAAGAAGGAACAAAAACGUCUUAAACGGGCAUUGAAAGAAGAAAAACGAGAAUUGAAGCACAAGGAUCUGGAUGAUACGUCAUGGAAGAAUCAAAAGAAAUUAAUUGAUUUGGGGCCAGCAACGGAAGAAGAAAUUUAUGGUGCUAAUGAGCAUUUCAAUUUCGAUCACUCGAAAAAGGAAAUUCCACCUUUACCGACUCAUAAUCCGAGACCUGACUUCGAAAAGGCCGAUUGGCGCGAUAUUGAAAUGUGGAAAGCAGUGCGCGAGAAAGAAAAGCAAGAAAAAGGGGAAAAAGAAACUAAUUGGAAGAAAGAAGAACAUUAUUUGCCUUCAAGAUUUCGAAAGGAUUGA